CAUAUCAAAAUGCAAGUAAUCAGGAGCUUCUGGCUUUAUGUUCUAUAAACAAAACAUGGGGUUUCCCCCCACUUCUACAAUCCCAAAGCCCCAUCUGCCCUGUUUCUUCUCUAUGCUCUCUCCCAGCAAUGCCUGCAAAACUAAGCAAUCUCUGUUCACUUUCUCCUAGGACAUUUACUUCUAUAAUUUCCUCCUACACAUUAUUCUUUAUACUACUUUUCAACUUCUUCCAUGUGUGUACUUCCAUUGAUGAGCAAGGCCAAGCUUUGUUAACAUGGAAGAACACCUUAAACACUUCAAAACACACAUUAGACUCAUGGGUGCCCGAGGACCGAACCCCUUGCAAUUGGGUGGGGGUUCGGUGCGACGAGCAAGCACAAGUAGUUGAGCUUAGAUUACAAGGAAUGAACUUACAAGGUUCAUUGCCUUCUAAUUUGCAGUCUCUUAAAGGGCUUAAGACCCUUAUAUUAGCUUCCACUAAUCUAACAGGAGAAAUCCCUGUGGAGUUUGGUGGGUAUAAGGCAUUGACACUGAUUGAUAUUAGUGACAAUGCUAUCACAGGAAGAAUCCCAAAUGAAAUCUGUAUGCUGCAGAAUUUGCAGACUUUAUCAGUUCAUACUAAUCAUCUAGAAGGUUCUAUACCCCAAGAAAUCGGGAACCUUUCGAGCCUUGUUGAUCUUAUUGUGUAUGAUAAUCAAUUGAGUGGCGAAAUCCCACCGAGUAUAGGUAAGCUUGUGAAGUUAGAGGUGUUCCGAGCAGGCGGGAAUCAGAAUCUUAAGGGGGUGCUUCCUGCUGAGAUUGGGAAUUGCAGUAACUUGGUUAUGCUUGGGAUUGCUGAAACUAGCCUCUCGGGAAGCUUACCGAGAUCGAUAGGGAAACUGAAGAAAGUUCAGACCAUUGCAAUUUACACUUCUUUACUGUCUGGUCCUAUCCCUGAAGAGAUAGGGGACUGCACUGAAUUGCAGAAUUUGUAUUUGUAUCAGAAUUCAAUCUCGGGCUCGAUUCCUAAGAGAUUGGGGGAGUUGAAAAAGCUUCAGAAUUUGCUUCUAUGGCAGAACAGUAUUGUGGGUAGUAUUCCUACUGAAUUGGGGGGCUGUUCUAAUCUGUCUGUCAUUGAUUUGUCUGAAAAUUUACUGGCAGGAAGUAUUCCUGCAAGUUUGGGGAAUCUCUCGAUCUUGCAAGAGCUUCAGCUUAGUGUUAAUCAACUGUCAGGAUUUAUACCUCCUGAGUUAACUCGCUGCGCUGCCCUCACUCACCUGGAAGUCGACAACAACGAUCUUGCAGGUGAGAUACCGGAAAGUAUAGGCGAGUUGAAAAGCUUGACACUUUUUUUCGCCUGGCAGAAUAGGCUCACAGGUAAAAUACCCGUGGGCCUAGCUCAAUGCGAGGAGUUGCAAGCGCUUGAUCUAUCUUACAAUCAUCUCUUUGGGCCGAUACCCAAGGAGAUUUUCGAGCUCAGGAAUCUCACCAAGUUGCUUCUUCUUUCAAAUGAUUUAUCAGGAUUCUUACCACCAGAUAUAGGGAAGUGUACUAAUUUGUACAGGUUCCGGGUGAAUGGAAAUAAACUGGUUGGUACUGUUCCAUCCGAGAUUGGAAACUUAAAGAGCUUAAACUUCCUUGAUUUAAGCAAUAAUCACUUCACCGGAAGUAUACCCCCUUCUUUGUCUGGUUGCUCGAGCUUGGAAUUUUUCGACGUGCACUCGAACGGGCUCACGGGCUCCUUGCCAGAUGCUUUACCUAAAAGUCUACAGUUUGUAGACAUAUCAGACAACCAGCUCAAGGGUACACUACCCCGUUCAAUUGGAUUCUUGAAUGAGUUAACUAAGCUUAAUUUGGGUAAGAACCAAAUCUCUGGUACCCUUCCUGCUGAAAUUCUGUCAUGCAAUAAACUCCAACUUUUGGACCUGGGAAACAAUGGUUUUUCAGGGGAGAUACCAAAAGAAUUGGGUCAACUCCCCGCCUUGGAAAUCUCUUUAAAUCUUAGCUUCAAUCAGUUUUCAGGUGGUAUUCCUACUGAAUUCUCUGGCCUAACCAGGUUAGCUGUUCUAGACCUUUCCCAUAACAAGCUUACUGGUAACUUGAAUAUCCUAGGAAGCCUACAAAAUCUCGUUUCUUUGAAUAUCUCGUACAAUGAUUUCUCCGGGCAUUUGCCUAACACCCCGUUCUUUCACAAACUCCCUAUCAGUAGCCUUGCUGGGAACAAAGCCCUUUACUUAUCCGAUGGGAUAGAAAACGAUGAUAAACAUGACAAGCAAGCUCGGUCCACAAUGAAGUUAGCUAUGUCGAUCCUGGUUAGCAUUAGUGCGGUGUUAAUAUUACUUGGAAUCUAUAUGCAAGUCCGCGCUAGAAUUGCUGAUCGAGCUUUAAUCGAAGAUGAGACUUGGGAGCUGACUCUAUACCAAAAGAUGGAGUUAUCGAUAGAAGAUGUCAUAAAGGAAUUGACUUCCGCGAAUGUUAUAGGAACGGGAAGUUCUGGGGUAGUAUACAAGGUAACUCUGCUUAAUGGGGAGACACUUGCUGUGAAAAAGAUGUGGUCUACAGAUGAAACUGGGGCCUUCAGGUCGGAAAUUCAGACCCUGGGCUCCAUUCGCCAUAAGAACAUAGUUCGACUUCUAGGGUGGGGUUCGAACAGAAGCCUCAAACUUUUGUUUUACGAUUACUACCCCAACGGGAGCUUGAGCUCCCUCCUUCACGGUGCUGUGAAGGGCGGAGGAGCAGAAUGGGAGGCUCGAUAUGACAUUGUUCUUGGAGUGGCUCAUGCACUCGCCUAUUUGCAUCAUGAUUGUGUGCCUGCAAUCUUACAUGGAGAUGUCAAAGCCAUGAAUGUCUUGUUGGGUUCGAGAUUUGAGCCUUACCUAGCCGAUUUUGGGCUAGCCACUCUUGUAGAUAACUGUUCAAAAAUCAAUCAAAGACGUCACUUAGCUGGUUCCUAUGGUUAUAUGGCACCUGAACUUGCUUCAAUGCAACGAUUGACUGAGAAGAGUGAUGUCUACAGUUUUGGGGUUGUUUUACUUGAGGUUUUAACAGGAAAACAUCCAUUAGACCCAACCUUACCAGGAGGAGCCAACUUAGUCCAAUGGGUCCGAGAACAUCUCCAAAACAAAGGGGAUCCUGCAGACAUACUAGAUGCCAAACUCAAAGGUCGAGCUGAUCCUCAGAUGCACGAGAUGGUGCAGACUUUGGCAGUCUCGUUCUUAUGUGUUAGUAGUCGAGUGGAUGACCGUCCUUCAAUGAAGGAUGUUGUGGCCAUGCUCAAGGAGAUUCGACAUGUUGAUAGUGCUAGACCCGAACCUGAUUUGACCAAAGGGAUGGCGCCAGUUCUACCCGCGCCAUCCCCUAAAAGGAAUGUGGUUAGCCAAGGCUCUUCCAACUGCUCCUUUUCAUUCUCUGACGAUUCUUUGUGUUAGAAAUGGUUAUAAUUCAGAAAAAGAAGCCAUUGUUUGUAUAUUGAAGUGAGUUAGAUAAUUCAUCAUUAAGCUAAACAUUUGAGAUUUUGCUCUAUUUUUAAGUGUUUGUAGAUUAUACUAAUAAUUACCCAUUA